AUGAGUGUAAAUGGAGAUGUGUAUGAGAAAGGUAAAGCAGGAAGCAGACCAACAUUUGAAGUAGACCUUCCAGAAGCUGAGGUUGGAAAGGUUCGAUUGAGAUUUGCGCCAGAACCCAGUGGAUUUCUUCACAUUGGGCACUCAAAAGCAGCUUUGUUGAAUCAGUAUUUUGCUCAAAGGUAUCAGGGUCAGCUUAUUGUGCGAUUUGAUGAUACAAAUCCUGCUAAAGAAAGCAAUGAGUUCGUGGACAAUCUUCUCAAGGAUAUUGAGACUUUGGGUAUCAAGUAUGAAACAGUUACCUAUGCUUCAGAUUACUUCCCUCUGUUGAUGGAAAUGGUUGAGAAUUUGAUUUGCCAGGGCAAAGCAUAUGUUGAUGACACACCACGUGAGGAGAUGCAAAAGGAAAGGAUGGGAUGGCAUUGA